AGCUUUGAUGUAAAUAGAAAUGACAAAACUGUAUUUUGAAAACUGCCUACUUUUUUAUCUUAAUUGUUAAUUUUACCUAUUUUCAUUAAUUGUUCACUUAUUUCUUUGUUAAUUGGUUUAAAUUAUGGAAAAAACAAGAGAUAAGUUAAUUAAAGAGACUCGAAAUUUAGAGUCUUUUAAAGAGAUGUUAACUAAAAGCAACAAACUGACCAAAACAAUGGUUUCUAUCUUAUCUAAUUUUGAUGAAAAAUUGUCCAAAUUGGAAGAGACCAUUGGACCUGUCUACAAAGAGACUGGUAAUUUACAACAGAGACAAGAAAAUCUCAUUAAAGCUCUACAAAGUUUCGAUUAUGUUAUACCAUUUUAUACUGUCGCUAAUGAUUUGGAGCCAAUAAUUGCCACUGGUCCUGAUUCAAUGCCCAUUCCAGAUUAUCUCGAAAAUAUGAAUAAACUUAAAAGUGCAAUCAACUAUUUUGAAAAGAAUAAUCCUGAAAGUCCAGAGCUUAUGAAUGUUACAAGCCUUCACAAAAAAGGAGCAGCUCUACUCUUGAAAAAAUUUCGUUUAUUGAUAUCAAAUCAUAGUCGUCCAGUACCGCCUAACAUUAUUUAUUUAUUGGUUCAUGAAGAAGAUAGUUCUACAGAAACGCCAAAACCAUUGCCAGAAAAUAUACCCGAAAAAGACAGAGCUCAGUUGAGGCUGUUAAGUGAAUGGCUUGUUGAUAAUAUGGAGGGUGAAUUCAUUGCUGCUUAUUCUUCUUUGCGGUGUGAAGUUGUCGAAAAAUCUUUACGUGAUUUUAAGCUAUCUCAGAAAUCUUCCUCGGGUGGUUUCAGUGGUAUCCAUGGAUCACCUGCACCGCCUAGAAAAAGUUUAACCCCAUUGCGAGAUAAUUUACCUCUACGUCGAAAUCCUAAAAGUAUUCAACAGGCAUUGAGAAAGAAGCUACAAGAUGUUAUUCCGACCGAAAUGCUUGGAGGGCGAUCUUAUCACUCAGUUCCUCACGACUUAUGUGAGCUUGCAACCAGUGAAAGAGAAAUCGAAUGUUAUUUAACUAGCGUUACAGCUUUAUAUCGUCUGAUGAAAGCAGAAUUGGAAUUAAUGGAAGGAUUAAUGGAAGGAGUAAUACCGAUCAAAUGUCAAAAAGUAAUAUUCAGUCGUCUAGUUCAGCCAGCUUUAGAUUUUGUUGUUAAUGAAGGAGAAAGUAUUGCAGGUCGAGUCAAGAAAUGUACAGCUAAACAUGAUUUCACUUCAGCUCUCAAUCUAUUCCCAAUCCUGCGACAUCAAGCCUCGAUGAGACAUAACUUUGAUCUACUUUUUGAUGGUUGCACCUCUGAUGGUUGCAGCACUGAUGUUCAAACUAAAUUUCAAGGACUUGUGGUAACUCUUCAAACAACAUUGAACAAAGCAUUAGAAGAAUUUAUUGAGUACAUUCGUAAUGACGUUGAUACCAAAGUACCUCGAGAUGGAACUGUGCAUGAGCUAACUAGUAAUGUUAUGAUAUUUCUUGUCCAGCUUUCAAAUUAUUUGGAUAUAUUGUCCAGAGUUAUAACAGUAACAGAUAUGCAAUCAUACGAAAGAUCAUCUGACAAAAAUAAGUUGGCUUUUGCUCAAUUUAUUAGUCGAGUGUUACAGACAUUAGCUUUGAAUCUACAACUGAAAAGUGAUUGUUAUGCUGAUCAAUAUUUGAAAGCUAUUUUUAAACUUAACAAUAUUCAUUACAUACUUAAGACUUUACGUAAGUCAUCCCUUUCCAAAAUUUUGGAAUUAUACAACAAAGAAAUUGAAAAAGUCUACGAAAAACAAAUUAUCGAAAACAAAAGAAUCUAUUCUCAAAGUUGGAGUAGAGUGUUACAUUUUAUUAUUGAAAUUGAUAACAAAGCGCCUUCACCUGAAUCUAUUGAAAUGGCCAACAUGAAAUUGAAGGAGAAAGACCGCCAAAUGAUUAAAGACAAGUUUUCUGGCUUCAAUAAGGAAAUUGAAGAGCUACGUAGAAUACAAAAAGCUUAUGCGAUUCCUGAUGCUGAACUUCGUGAAAGCCUGAAAGAGGAUAACGCCAAUUUCAUUGUUCCAAGAUAUGCACAAUUUUUUAAUAAGUACAGCAACCUGAGUUUUUCAAAGAAUAUUGAAAAAUAUGUCAAGUUCACUCCUAAUGAAGUAUAUAACAUCAUUCAAAGUUUUUUCGAUGCAACCGCAUAAUUAAAGACGUAUUAUUGUGUUUACUGAACAUAAUUACAAGGAUCUGAAUCAAAUUGAACCUCUGAUGAAAUAUUCGACUAUGGUUAUCAAAAGGUUCAUCACAAAAUUUCGAUAUUUUAUUCAAUGUUGCUUUGCCCACUGUGUUUAUCUUAACACAGUUUCUCAUGAUAUUGAUCAAGCGGUACCAUUUAAUUUGACUCGACGAUUUCUGGUUACAUAGUCAUCUUGAUAAAAAUAUUCUGACAAAAAUUGAAUAUUUUGAGUUUAACAGUUUAAACUUGAUUGACUGUAAAUCUAGACAUAUUAUCAGAAACCAGACCGAAAAUUACUGGUCACCGUAUAUUCAUGUCAAAGCAGUAUUGAUAAGUACAUCGGAAGUUGAUUUGAUUGAAUUUACAAAAAUUCAAAUAUUUGAUACUAAUACUUACAAUUAUUAGAUUAACAAAUAAUUGUUUAGAGGAGUUGGAAUAACUUCAAGUGAAAAUAAAUAAACAGUAAAAUUUUUCGCAACUU